AUGGCUAGCAUAAUGAUGAAUAUUUCGAACAUAAGGUAUGAAGCCGUUGACCAAGAAGUAAACUUAAUCAUUCAAAAGCAAGCUCAAGUUAUGUUAAAAGCAUCGAUAAAUGAUUAUAUUGCAUCUAUUAGAAGUAUGACGGAGGCUAUCAAAGAGAAUCAUCUAAAUAUUAUAGAGUUUAAACCUGUUACCGAACUGAAUGCAUUCAUGGAUGAAGCAACCUUGAUGAAGAAUGUAAUUUGUUUACCAACAUUGAGAGACAGCGAAGACAUUUUCACGUUUAAGCAGCCUAAAAAGAAAUUAAAAAAUAACAUUGUUCAACUUGAAUUUAUCAUUCCGCUAGUAAGCUGUAUAGCGUUACAAGAAUACUUAAUAAUAAAUAUCCCAACUCCAAAGAUACUAAAUGCAGUGUUACCGAAAGAUGCUUUAAUAAUCAAGAUAAUCGUUGACGACAAAAAUAGUACAGGCUUUUUAUCACCACCUACCAAAAACCAGCUUGGAAUCUUCGACGUGGAGCCUGAAAAAUUAGAUGAAUGCUUGAAAUUUAUACUACAAAAGGAAAAGUCCGAUAAAUGUUUAACGAAAUUUAAUGAUGGCGUAAUUAAUCAGAAGCUGUUGCAGAUUGAUGAGAGUUUAGCUGUACUCAUCAAGGGACAAGACGAUGGUUUUAAUUUAACUUGUACAGAUCAAACUUCAACAAUUAUUCACUAUGAAGCAGCGUUAGUAAACUUCACUGACUGUAUAAUAAUCGGAAAAAAUUCUCUACUAAAGUCAGAACAGUUUCAUUCUAUUUACACAACACAGAUAAAUUUACUGCAUAACAAUAACAAAGGAUCGGAUAACGUGCUACAUUUUACGAAGCUAAGCAAUUUUACGUCACCAAAUGUUGAAGUAUUGAAAAAGGAAUUGGAAAAAACGUUAAGCGAUAUGAAAACAACAUCGAAGUAUAAGUGGACAACAGGGCUAGGCGUUGGAAUAUGGAGUUCAACAUUCUUAACUAUCAGUUUAUUGAUUAUCGGAGGCUUAUUCUACUUUAAAAAGAAGAAGACGAAUUCAUUAACACCGCCGGUGGAGCAUAUAAGAACUAAUUGGAUUGAAGAGUGGUUGGAGUUAAAUCCGAUUACACUUAAGAUGACGCAUGAAGAAAACCAACAAUAA